AUGGCGCCUACAGGGGACGAGCGACCCGCGAAGCGGGCCAGACAGGCUUGCGAUGGUUGUCGACGGAAGAAGACGAGAUGCCCAGGCGAAAAGCCCGUUUGUUCCUUCUGCACCCGACUCGGCCAGACUUGCGUCUAUUCAGGAGCUGAAGGUGUGGACGAGGGGUCGCAGUUGAAGAAUAUGGAUGAUCGUGUCUCUCGAAUUGAGGGGAAACUGGAGCAGCUCAUUGACUACAUCGCCCGGCAACCUAGUCAAGACAGGAAUUCCACUCCAGUGGUCAGCCAUGAUUCAACCUCGUACGUCAAUGCGAGCUCCGAAGUCCCAUCUCGGGGUCAAGCCCUCGCAGGACAUUCGCCAGAGCCCUCAAAGGCUGAGCUGUUUCUCACGUUCUGCAACUCCCAGCCAUUGCCAUUAUUUUCACAGAGCGUCUCACUUGCAUCCCUCAGAAGCAGAGACCCAGAACUUCUACUUGCCAUGGACGCACAUUGCAUUCGGUUUCGUGGACUGGGAAUUAAAGAUAGGGAGAUCGAACGCGAAAUCAAAGCGAAAACUGAACGAGCCUGUCAGCUUGUCAUGGGGCGCCUGGCUGAUGGAAAUGUAGAGCUUUCAACGAUCCAAGCGCUCUGUCUAUUAAGCUUGCUUGAAUUUACAGCUGGACACCUCAUCCGGGCGGGGUUCUAUACCAGAAUGGCGAGCUACUUUAUUCGCAAUAUUCGAAUGAGUGAUUAUGAUACUUUCUUAGAUAACCUGGACACGGAGAGAGAAGAGAAGAGACUGUGUUACGCAAGUGUCAUGAUGCUGCAGAAUCUCCAAGGUACCUCACAGUCAUGGUGUCUUAGAGAGAGCAACGACCAACAAGGUGACUCCACACUUGCGAUACCGUCCUUCGAGAACUCUAUAGCGCAGAGAUAUUCUCGUCGAGAUGGUAAUGACUCGAAGCUCGACAUUGGUAUCGUCUCGGCAAACAUGUGCACUAGCGAGUUGUGGUCGCUGGCGUGCAAGUAUGCCAUCAAUCAUGGAAACUUUGACACAAACCCACCUUGGCAUCCCCAAUCAGACUAUCUAAUGAUCAGUUACUGGCAUACCGAGCACGAGAGCUGUAUGCCUUUAAGAUUCCGCCUCCACGAAAGUCGAUUCUCCGAGCACACGCCCGAGGAUCUGCAAGCGAAUCGUGAUUAUUGGAGUCCUUGGCUUUUCUUCCAGAUUGUCUGGCAUGCCGUGCCUUGUUUACUCAACCACUCAUUCCUACUGUCUAUGCGCCUGCGCAAUUUCCGUCGCACGAUGCCGCAAUCAUUCCUGCGUAACUCGUUUGAACAGCUCACUUUGCACUCGGGCUGGAUCAUACACUUCCUUGAGCUUAUCGAGUCAAAAAACUUCGAAGUAUCAGAUCCUACCUUGGGUCACUGCGUUGCUAUUGUGGGGACUAUCUAUCUCCAACACAGCUUCGUUGAGGACCAGAACUUUAGUACGAAGGCGCAAACAGGGUUCGAAAAAUGCCUUCGAUUUCUACACAAACUGGGUCAUCGAUGGCCUCAUGUUAAUCAACAGGCUCGUCAACUAGAACAGCUACGUGAUAGCAUAUCAUCCGGAGGUGUCAUGACGGGAACAGGGGCAACUCCAAACACACGGCAGAAAUGGUCUGUCAAUCUGCAGCUCUUAUGGAAGAUUCUUGUAUAUUCUCAUGCAAGCAAAGCUCCAAGCCCUGGCGGGGAUAUCUUUGGACCGGAGCUGGCCAAGGACAGCAUUGCAUACUCAGGCAUGUCAUCCACUAAUGACAUUGCUGAGCCCGAUUUCGCGUUGAUUGGGUCCGCCGGUAUAUCAGGCCACAAGACUGUGGUCCCAGAAUGUGUGACCUAUCCGCCUGAGCAAACCGAGCAUUCUACUCAGUUGCAACAAGAACUAGGCCAGAUAUCGCCGGGCGUGCCUGUGACAAAUCCGGCGGAAGAUCCAAAUUUACAGUUUGUCAGCGAGGAGACAUUGUUUUUACAGAUGCAAGAUUACGGAAAGGCCUUUGAAGACUGGCUCAGUCUCAAUCCAGCGUGA